UCGUCAAGUCUUGUACUCUUGUUAGCUCGAGAUCCAGACUCGAGAGCGCGAGCGAGACUUUUCUUUCCAUCCGCAGGAGAUCCCGACGAGAAGGCGAAGGCGAAGCCGGCGGCGCAACCGAAGCCCCUCAUGGCCCGCUCGUCCUCGCAGUCCCAGUCCUCCGUCGGCGGUGCCGGCGCCGCCGGAUCCCGCCCGGCCACCGCCGGGCCCCGCGGCACGCCCGCCGCCACGGCUGGCAUGCGCCGCCGACCCGGCCGCACCUCCUCCUCCGCGUCCGGUGGCGGAGGCUUCUCCGGCGGCGGAGGGAACAACAUGCUGCGCUUCUACACCGACGAGGCCCCGGGGCUGCGCCUCUCCCCGACCAUGGUGCUCGUCAUGUCCGUCUGCUUCAUCGGCUUCGUCACCGCCCUCCACGUCUUCGGCAAGCUCUACCGCUCCCGCACCGCCGCCUCCGCGUCCGCCUGAUCAACCCGGUUCCUGCUCCUGUUUGUUCUUCGUUUCAGAUCAGAUCAGAUGGUUUUGGUGUGUAACAAAGAGGCUGUGGUUGCUACCUGACGAGUUAGAUCUGCCGAAGUACCCUACAUGUUUAAUUAUGGUGCCCUUUCUGUUUCCAUUUACCUUGUUGUUGCGAUGAAUUGUGGCUAAUCACUUGUGCUUGUCAAUUGAAAUCAUCAGAAGUGUGUGCUUCUUGGGGA